AUGCGACCACCUAUUACAGCAAAGUUGAAUACUUUCUGCUACAAGUAUAGCAUCGGUGUGUUUAUUAAAAAACCUCCAAGGGGUGUGGGGUUGAACUGCACCCACAUGAAGCUUCCAUGUGCGGCUGAUGUAGCUCUAAAUGUUUACGUCGCUUUGAAAGCGGACCGGACCGCCAUUUAG